CGAAACUUGUAAUGCAGUUAUUUAUAAUCUAGAAAUUGAAAGUGGAAUUUUGGAAGAAAGCAUCUCGACAAUAACAUUUCAAAAGAUAAAUAAUGUAUUAAAUAAAAUUCAGACCGAUGUCUUGAUUCAUAUAAAAGAUGUAGAAAAUAAUAUUAUGCACAAUAUUAACACUGCAAUAGCUGUAAUAUCACAGACGAAAGGUUUUGCUAGAAUUGCGGUGCCUUUGGAAGACUCGAAACAUUUGAAUUGGAUAACGGAUCUGUCAAUUGAAACACUUAAAC